ACAUUACAAUUCUUCUAAUGAAAUCAGGACCCUACAGUUUACCGUGUGAACCAGUUUCUAUUAACCUUCAUAAAUUCUUCGCAUUUUUCUAUGAAAAUAGUAUGAUUUAUAUACGAGUAAAGCCACAUCGACAGGCGGCGAAAUAAAUAUAUCUCUAAUUGUUCUGUUCAUCUCUUUAAAAAAAUUCUUGAAAAUUAUUUCAUCUUUGUUUUUUGGUUGGGUUUUUUUUGUAAAAGAAAGAAUGAAAUUCUUCAAAUAUAUGUAUUAUAUGUUUUAGAGCAAAUAUUUCUUUUAAACAUACAUUGCGUGUCAAGAACAUUUCGAAAAGUAAUUAAAGUUAAUUUUCUUGGGUGUCUAAAAUCCUCAAGAAAGAAAGAAACUCUUAAACGUAAGAUAAUAACAAUUACGUAUAUACGUACAGUGUACAAUUGUUUACUUCGAACACGAAGAAAACAAAUCAUUAACCAAUCAGAAAAAAUUACAUGAAUCAUCCGGGUUACAGGAUUAUGGAAUCCGAACAUAAUAUAUCUCGUAAUUCGUGAUUAAAUGGUUCCACAUCCAUUCUAUCCGGGGAUUAAAAGUUCAAGUUCGUAUCCGGUUUUACAUUUUUUUUUUUUUUUUUUUUUUAAAGAAUAAUAUUAAUUUCAAAUGUUCGUCGAGUGAAAGAAAAUUUAUUAAAAGUUUCAAAUCUCAAGUAAAAUUAUUCAUUGUCCUUAUAAGAAGCGGAUGAUAAGAUGAUACAAAGCAAAGCAUUUAUCUCCAGCAAAGCUUCCGAUAGCUUUAUGGCUAUAUUUGUCAUAACGCCAUCAAAGGUUUAUCCGAUUUUGAACUAGAUUCACAUAGAAUACACAGAUAUAUUCUAUCUUAUUAAAAUCAUUUUUUAAAUUACUUUUUUUUAACAAAUAAGAAAAAGGACAAUGAUUGAAAAGUCAAUUCAUCUAAAGUCUUAAAAAUCUUUUUCCUCCUCUGAUAUCCCAUAUGAAAAAUUAAAGUAUCGCAUAAGUUUAUUCCCUGUUAUUUCUGUGAUCCCAUGAAAUUCUCAUUUGUUGUAAAAGUGAGUGACUGGAAGAUAACAUGCCAGAAGUAGUAGGCCACGCCCCCUAGAUUUUUUUUCUUACCUGUUUGCAUUGUGUAGUCAUAAUUUACAAUAAAGUGACGGCUACGAACAACCAACUUCUAUAAUUUGAGUGCAGCCCUUUAAUUAAAGUUCCAUUACAUUUCAUUUGAUUGAAUAUACCAUGCACGCUCGGUUUGGGAGUAUUUAAACAUCAUGUGCCGUUGAUCUUGAGCCACACUGUCAUCUGACCGUGCUCUCUAUUUCAUAUAUGUACCUACGAAUUCUCUGAGGAAAAUGUAAACUUUGGAAAAUAUCUAAUUUGGAAAAAAAUAAUUCAGUUAUACAAAAUGAAGAAUAGUAGGGGGAAAUUCGGAUUGUGUUGGAAAAUGUGGUUGGUGGGUAUAAUAACUCCGUCCCUGUGUUAUAAGUUUAACAGUCGCACUACUGAUACUUGUGAACCCAUUGACAUACCCAUGUGUAAGCAUAUGCCUUACAACAUGACUCGUAUGCCCAACCUGUUACAUCAGAGCUCUCAAGAAAACGCAAAACUCGCCAUAGAACAGUAUCAACUGCUAAUAGACCAAAAUUGUAGUGAUGUUCUACAAUUUUUUCUAUGUGCCAUGUAUGCACCAAUUUGUACUGUUAACUUUCAACAUGAACCCAUUCCUCCGUGUAGGAGCGUGUGCGAGCGCGCGCGUGCGGGAUGUGAGCGAGUUAUGAAUGUUCACAAUAUAUCGUGGAUGGACCACUUGGACUGUUCCUUCCUUCCGCGAUAUGACCGAGGAGUUUGUGUUUCUCCGGAAGCUAUUGUGUCAUCUACGAAAAUUACUAGCAAUGAUACCGGAAUGUGCAAAUGCAACCUGAAAACAUCAAAACCAAAACGGAAAAAAUUCAAGCAAGGAAAAUAUCAGUUUGCUAUUCAAGGCAAGAUCAGACAACAAGGCAUCGUCAACAACGCCAACACGGUCACGCGAGUCGAAGUCCUGAAAGUAUUAAAGAAAAGCAAAGUUCACAUCAAACUCAACAGUACCGUGGACAUCUGGACCAAUUCUACGUGUGUUUGUCCCAAGCUCAUACGAAACCGUACCUAUCUACUUAUUGGGUACGAAGACACGGCCACGCAAAGACUGCUGUUUUUGGAUAACUGUUUAGCCAUCCGAUGGCACAAACGAUGGGUGAAAAGAAUAAAGAAAUGGGAUAAAAGAAAGGGAAGAAAAUGCAGAAAGCCGAAAAGUAAAAGGUGUAGGAAGGGUCGGAAGAGAAUGAACAGGAGGCGGAGAAGGUACAGCAUAUAUAACUGAUGUGAAGUAUCAUACGUACGAUAAGAAAAUCUCUUUACUCAGUGUUACUUUCUUUUCUUCAGAAAGCAUAGGAGUUGAAGUAAGUGUGCAGUAAUGAUAAAGAAAGAUUAAACGUCCAAGCGAGAAAACAUCUGCAACAAGAUAUUAUGACAGAAGAAAAGUUUAACAAUCUACAGACAACUGAUGUGGAGCUGUAACAUAGAAGAAAUCUUUGUGGGUGUGUAUGUAUAUAAGGGACUGCCGAAGAUGCUAAGGAUAUUCAGACUGUCAUUAUUGCUUAAACAUACCUGAUUUAAUGAAAUAUGUUUGUGAAUUGUAAAUUUCAGUACGAAAUAAAUUCGUUGUAUAGGGUUGUAUGCCAAAGACAUCGAUAUUUCAGCUUUUAAGGUAAUACACAAUAAUUGACUUCAUGGACAACAGUGUUGAAAAACUUAAGCAAGCUAGCAUUGCUUUAACACAUAGAGCAAAAAGAUGUUUAACUUAACCUUAUUUUAGUACAAUAUAUUAUAAUGCAUUUUGUUUUACAUUUUUACAUGAUUUGAUGAAUCGAAUGAAUGAGGAUUUGAUAUCAAACUUGCAUGUGUAUGAGCAAAAGCUCAUUGCUGUAUUUGUUUUGAUAAGUAGUGCAAUAUUUGUAAAGUGUAUGUUAGGUACUUUUAAUCUAGGUUGACAGGUCCUCCAUUGUUAGUGAAUAGGUAGGAUAUAUUUUUAUGAAAAGUUAUCCAUGUUUUAUACUUAUAUUGUGUUUCUAUUUACGUCGUCUUAUAUUGUUUGUUUAAUUCAUUUGUGGUUUGCGCCGAUAUUUUUUUAUUAUUAUUUUUUUUUGUAUCAUUAUUACUACAGGAAAGUUACAAUCAUCGUGAUUAUGUAUAUACUAGAAAUAAAUAUCUUUAAGUGUACUAUUAUGAUGAAAUUAAUGAAGAAAUAUGUACUCUACAUGUUCUUUGCAUGUGUAUAAAAUUUCAUUUUCUUCAAUGAAUGUUGAUGUCUUGUAAUUUGUUAUCUAUAUUAGAAAGCAAUUUCAUUUGAGAGCAGAAUAUUAGACAUGUAUUAUGUAAUUUAUUAAUAUGCACUAUUAAAAUUUGUUCCAAAACUGUAUUUUAUCAUGCAACAUACUUCCUACCGAAAUGCUAGAAAUGAAGUGUAAAGAUAUCACGUGGCAUGAAAUAUUGUACUUUGAAAUAGAUAUGCUUGUUGGAUAAAUGAAAAAUAAACUGUUGAAAAAUGAAA